CAAGCAAUCCUCAAUGUAUAAAUGGAGAUAGCGAUGUGGGUAGUCUCUACAAACUUUGUGAAUUAUCUCUCUUAUUAUUUCAUGAUCUCCAAAUAUCGAAAACGAACCGUUAACAUUAUGAAUCAAAAGACGUUGCUUCUGGUUUAUGCGUUUCUUAUGUUUGGGUCUGCCAUAAUAACAUGUAGAGCAACUACAUACACGGUGGGAGAUACUUCUGGGUGGGAUAUAAGUUCCAAUCUUGACUCGUGGACUAAUGACAAGACAUUCAACGUUGGCGAUGUUCUUGUGUUCCAGUACUCAUCAACCCACAGUGUAAGUGAAGUGGCAAAAGAAAACUUCGAGAGUUGCAAUACGACAAACGUUUUGAAUGCAUACUCAGCAGGAAACACAACAAUCACAUUGAAGAAACCUGGCAACAUGUACUUUGUGUGUGGUAACAAGUUACAUUGCCUAGGAGGGAUGAAGAUUCAAUUGAACGUACGUGAGAAUAAUCAAGCUUACGCACCAACUGCCUCACCUCAGGCCACCCCGCUCGACCCAUCUGAUCUCCCCAACCCUUCUUCCAAGGCCAAUAAUAAUAACAUUCCUACUACUUCAUCAGCUUCUACUGCCUUUUCACAUAUUGCUCUAACUCAUACUGUUACACUACUAGCUUUUCUACCUCUUCUACUUUCCAUGCUAUGAAAAAUUAAUUAUAUACUGGUCUUGAUUAUAAUUACACCUUUCCUUACAUUGUCAAUUUUGUAUUAUUAUAUUUGUACUAAUUCACUUGUUGAAUACGGAUAAUAAUUA